AUGUCCUCGUCUUUGAGCCUGCAGGACGGGAGCCAUCUGUCCUAUACGGACAGCGGGCCCGUACCCAACUCGAUGACAUACACGACCGUGAUACUCAUCCACGGAGCUGCGGUGAAUGGGCAAACCUUCGAACGCCUCCACCCUCUGGCGGCAAGCUAUAAUCUUCGCACAGUAGCGCUGAACCGCACCGAAUAUCCUGGAUCGGCCAGGUAUACGGAUACCGAGCUGGAGGAGCUGAGACAUGGGGACACUAAGUUCUUGGAGAGGACAGCCGUUCGGAUCGCAUUCUUCAUCGCAGCGUAUAUCCGGGAGACAGGGAUACCUGAGGAAGGUGGCGUUGUCGUAGUGGGUUGGUCUAUUGGAACGGUGUCAGCGAUGGCACCGUUCUCUUUCCCCGAAGCUAUCCCGCUGGAGACCUAUCACUUGCUGGAUAGAUACGUGAGGCGACUGGUCUUGUACGAUCCACCACACCUCGCUUUCGGAUUGGAGCUGCCCGCGGAUACGGUCUUGCAUGAUCCAUGGGGUGACGCAACGACGAAGAGUCCGGAAGAAGUGUUCGAGACCUUCAAGUUCUGGGUGAGCUCGUAUUUCGAGGUGCCGGAGGGGUGGGGUGGAUCCAUCAACGAGCUAGACUCGCGCAAAAGGACCGAGCGCACGACGGUGGAUUCCUGGUCCCAGGAGGAACACGACCGGUUCUUCAGCCAGGAUGGAGCUGCUAGGGCGGAGCUGCAUUGGUUCUCCGAGGCGAUGCAGAAGUCCAUCAAUCGGAUGGCGACGAGCUGUCUCUUCGACGAGUGCACGACCGGGAGGUACUUCUUCAAUUUGAGCGUGGUGUAUAUAGCGUGUGGUAGAUCGCCGUGGCAUACGAUCUGGGCGGCCCAUCGAAUCAAGGAGAUCCACGACGAAUGCGUACUCCGCCGUAUAAGACCCCGGCCCAUGGAAUUCGUGGCGAUUCCUGAUGGCAAUCAUUUUUACAGAGCUAGGUCGGAAGUAAACUAUCGGGGCUGA